AGCCAGCUCCUGGUCGCUAUAAAAUGCCAAAGAUAAAUGCGAAAUGCAAGUUCGCUUUUCUCUUUCCUUGAUGCCACUUUAUUUGAGCGUGUGCGACCACGCAACCAUCCUCGCUUCACGUGAUGCGGGAGCAGAAAAGGCUGACCAGCUCCAGCCGAGGGUAGCCCAGAUCCGGCACCUGCCUCCGGAUGUGGUGCCUGGAGCGGCUCGGCUUAGGUCCGGAGCGCCUCCUGCGGGGCGGGAACGGACGUCUCCAGGGUUGGGCCAGAAGAACCACUGCCAACACGCCCGCCCAGUGUGCAAACGUGCUCACCCCAGACCGCAUCCCAGAUUUCUGCAUCCCCCCACGAUUCGCGCCCUGCCCCGUGCUGGCUGCACACCGGGACUCGUGGGUUAAAAAAGCAGGAACUGACGACGGCGCGGGGCGCACGGACUGGGACCCGCGCUCACAGGCCGCGCUCUCGCUGCCUCACCUGCCCCGCGCGCGCACCGCCUACGGCUUCUGCACACUCCUGGAGAGCCCGCACACCCGCCGCAAGGAGUCGCUCUUCCUCGGGGACCCCGGAGCCCCGGCGCUCCUGCAGCCGCCUGUGCUCCGCCCGCGGGCCCACACCUACGGCGGCAGCGGAGACGCCCCCCUCUGGUCCCGCUUCACCCCACCCGCAGCACUCGGCGGCUCCCGCCCGCCCCGGAACGCGCUCGUCCCGCAGCCCCGCGGCCACCGCCCCCUGCGCGCCCCCAAAGGGCUGCUGAGCCGCGCGCUGCAGGCCCGGAGGAGUCACGGCCUGGCCCGCACCCGCUCGGUGUCCAGCGGGGACCUGGACGGGGAGCGCUGCUCCAGCUCGGCGUCCCGCUCCGCGUCCCCUCCGUCGGACUCCGGCUCGCGACCCGAGUUCCUGGAGGCCGAGGGCACCGUGGCCCUGGGUCGCGCCGGCGGCGCCCUGCGCCUGGCCGCCGAGUACAGUCCGGCCAGCGGGCACCUGCGCCUCCGGCUGCUCCGCCCCGAGGGCCCGACCGGAGGAGCCUCAGACCCCUGCGCCGUGGGCUGCCGCGUCAGCCUGGUCCUGCAGCCGCCCGGCAAGACGCGCCAGCAGCGCAGCGCCGUGGUCCGGCGGAGCCGCAAGGCCGUCUUUGACCAGGACUUCUGCUUCGACGGGCUGUCGGAGGACGAGGUGCGCCGCCUGGCCGUGCGCGUCAAGGCCGAGGCCAAGGGCCGCGGCCUGAAGCGGGGCCGCCUGCUGGGCCAGGGCGAGCUGCUGCUGGGCUCCCUGCUGCUGCUCUGAGGGCGCUCAGGCCCUGCCCGCGGGGCGCUUUCUGCCCGCUGGGGACUCUCGGACACUUGACAGCCGUUUUGUACAAAAUAAACGUGUAUUUAUUCUUCCACCGAGGCCUUUGUUUAAGUCCAAUAUUGGCAGAGAUGAU